AUGACAUACAGCCUGCCAACGCUCUCAACUGUGCAUGCAAUUCAAUCGCAUCCAAUAUCCCAAAAGCAACUCACUCCAGCAAAACGGCCACAGGAAGCUCCGAGUAUUAUCUUUGACGAUUCCAAUCUUGUCGGCGUCACGAUCCCACACAUUGAUCCACCGGUCAUCGAACUACGCAUAAAUCGAUUUACUGUUGAACGCGUUCUCAUAGACCAGGGGAGUACCUUGGAGGUCAUGUAUUACAUGACCUUCGUCAAACUCGGUUUUAACGAAUCAGCCCUGUCUCUGGCUCCGUAUCCAUUAUUCAGCUUCAAUGCAAAUCCAGAGUAUCCGUUGGGUAAAAUCUCACUACCUGUUCGGGCGGGCACCCGAACAGUGGAUGUGGAAUUCCUGGUCAUAAAGCUUCCUUCACCGUACAAUCUCAUUAUGGGGCGAACUUGGUUGCAUGCUAUGCGGGCCGUGCCAAGUACCUAUCACCAGCUACUACGCUUCUCGACAGAACAAGGCAUCGAACAAAUCCAUGGCUCCCAACAAUCGGCAUAG